AUGGGCCGCGUUGGGGUGCGGCCCUCACUUCAUCUGGUGACUAGCAUCUCUCCUGGCAGCACCUGCCUAGCACUCACCCGCUCCAUUGCCUCCGUCUCAGAGCUCGCCUGCAUCUACUCGGAGGUGACGGUCACGGAGGAUAAGAUGAAUGCCCUCAUUAAAGCAGCAGGUGUAAAUGCUGAACCUUUCUGGCCAGGCUUGUUUGCAAAGGCUUUGGCCAGUGUCAACAUUGGGAGCCUCAUCUGCAAUGUGGGGGCAGGUGGACCUGCCCUAGCAUCUGGUGCUGCCCCAGCAGGAGGUCCUGCCCCCUCCCCCAGUGCUGUCUCAGCUGAGGAGAAGAAAGUGGAAGCAAAGAAAGAAGAAUCUCAAGAGUCUGAUGAUGACAUGGGCUUUGGUUUUUUUUGACUAAACCUCUUUAGU